UGUUACAACUGUUUAUUUUAAUUAAUUUCGAUUUUUUUAUUUGUUGUAAAACUGACGCAGAAUUAAUUUCAUGAAGGCGUAACGCUGGUCUAUGUUCUACAAGUUUAGCCAGUUUACCGGGCAGCCGCUUGCAUACAGGCUAUGAGUAGUAAUGUGUGAUCAGUUAUUGAUUGAUUAUAAGGCAUAUACUUUAUGCAAAAGCAAUAUGGCACUUUCAAAUGGCCGUUGACGCUGCACAGAAACGGCACCGCAUGCGUCACAUUUAGAAUAGAAUGUGAAUGUUCGAAGCGAUGACAUCAUAGCUAAUAGAAUGCAAAUGCAACUCUGACUUUGGCAUUCUGCGGUUAAACUAGUUGAGCGAUGGGUCAACGUAAUUGUCGUAGCAAAAAGGCAAACAAUGAUUUUGAGCGUGUGCACGUUUACCAUCACGAUGCACCGCCACAGUUCACCAAUUUGGUGGAAGCUCAUGAACAUCCUGUUGGCGUAGGAGAAGAUAGGGCGAGUGAGGGGAAAAAUGAAAAGAGAAAGGAGGCCAACCGUAAAAAGAAAAGAAGGUUCAAGUUGUGGCGGUGGUUCUCCUGUUUGAGAGCUGCAGAAAACAAUAGUACAUUUCAGGUUGAUGGAGAGGCUCUGGACACAGGGGUAACUGCAGCACCACCUGAAGUACAACCUUCCUCCUCUUCAGGUGACGGUUCUCUACAGCAGGUCAUUCCAACUGUAGACCUCAAUCUUCAGGAACCUUCAGCCAUUGACCCUGAAGUCUAUCCAACAGUGAUUCAAACUCCAACACGCACCACAUCAGAUUGGAGUACUGACGCUACCCAGACUCCGGUACACAAAGUGUCAGACUGGAGUAUUGAUGUCACCCAGCCUCCAUUUCACUUGUCCACUUCUGAUUGUUGUAACAAUGCCACUGAGAUUCCAGUCCCCGAUGCUUCCGAGUGGAGUGCCAAUAUCCCUCGAACUUCACAACACAUUACAUCAAUCUGGAGCAUCAGUGGUGGUCAAACUCCAGUCUGCACACAGGCCUCUGUUUCACAACAAAUAGAGAAUAAUGGAAAGAUGACAAGUCAGGUCAUCAAUUCUUGCCACUAUCUGAUCGAUGACAUGCUGGGUGAAGGAUCCUUUGGAACUGUGUACAAGGGGCGACGUCUACACGAUGACUUUAAGGUGGCAGUGAAAUUUGUCACAAAGACGGAAGAUGUGGAAUACAUAUGUAUCUCGGGUUAUUCAGAGCCCCUUCCUCUUGAAGUUGCACUUCUCAUCCUCGCCCAUGGAGUAUCCAACGUUCCAGAAAUAAUACAGCUUCUGGACUGGCAGGACCAGGAAGACCAUUAUAUAAUGGUGUUGGAAUACCCUUCACCCUGUGAGGACCUAUUUGCUUUCACAGAAAGCUAUGGAGGAUCCAUAAGUGAAGGUUUAGCGCAAGUUGUUAUGCAGCAGGCAACUCAAGCUGCAUACAUGUGCUGCCGCCAUGGUGUUCUACAUCGCGAUAUCAAACUUGAAAAUCUACUGAUCAACAAAGAGACUCAUAAAGUCAAAUUAAUAGACUUUGGGUGUGGGGACCUUCUCAAGAAAUUACCCUACGAUACAUUUGCCGGCACCCUUGAGUACUGCCCCCCAGAGUUUGAGGAAACGGGUGAAUACAAUGGGAAGCCGGCAACUGUCUGGUCCCUUGGCAUCCUCUUGUUCGUAUUGGUGUGUGGGGACUUUCCCAACACUCAAGAACUGCAAAUGAUCAAUGAGAACAACUACUCCAAAGCUGGCUUGUCCAAUGAAUGUUGUCAGUUGAUUAGUUGCUGUCUCCAGCAAAAGCCUGAGCAGCGGAUUAAAUUAAGAGAGAUUCUUCUCCACGAAUGGUUCAAGGACACCAACCUGGAGAACUGAAGAACAGCCACCCUACAUGUUAUUGUCUUGAGAGGAACGUUUCAGGCUGUUUGAGGCAGGAAAUCUUGAGCAGGAGGUGGCUUGGCGCUCUUGUUCCACAGCUCCCAACCUUUGCUACUGGUCUUCAUCGCCUUUAAAGCAAUGCUCAAGGAUGCUUCAGUCCAUCUCCCUUCUUAAACUCCCAUAUUCUCCUCUCAAAACAAACAAUAAAACAUAUGCAUUAAUUGAA